GAUAAAAAUGUCAGAUAAAUUAUACUAUAUACAUUUUAUUAUUCUAGAGGUAUAACAUUUGUAAAGUUUAAUCAAUUUUCAUUGAAAACGAUGCCCCGCAGGAGCAGCCAUUCUCGGCUUUGGGGUUGUUAAUGACUUGAAAUGAAGACCUAAUGAGCUCUGAUUGAUAGUCGACUACCGCACCGUCUAUAUACUCGAGCGACAUAUCAUCAACUACGACCUUGGCCCCUUGGCUUUCGAAGACCUUGUCGUCCUCUCGGAUAUCGCUGUCGAGCGAAAACUUGUACUGAAAGCCUGAACAACCACCACCCUCGACCAUUAUCCUCAACGCUUGUCCAUCCGAUAUCUCCUUCAGCUUCUUGACGCAGCUGUCGCUCAAUAUGAGGCCAGAAGUUGGACGACUGCAGGAUAACCUCCCGGACGGUUUCUGUCGUUGAUAACUGUUUGAAAUGUCAUAGCAAUUGAUAUUAUUUAUGAAGGGUGAUCAGCUCAAUCGGGGCAGUAGUUGUAUUAAUAAAUAAGUCUCCUUUUUCCUAUUUCGAGCCCACGAUAAUACAAUUUCGCCAGUUGUUAAAAACAAAUGGUCUACAAAAUAAAAUGAACGCGAAAUGGGAAACUGUUGUGUCAAUUGUCCCCAAGUCAGAGCAGUGCCGGCCCGAAGAAAAAUCGUCCUUUUACUCGUCGGACUGGACAAUUCGGGGAAAACUACAGCUGUCAAAGCACUGUCUGGAGAUUUCGUCGACUCUACAGUGCCUACUGUUGGAUUUUCGGUAGUGAAAUUGCCCACUAGAGGAUAUGAUGUUUUUAUUUACGAUUUAGGAGGUGGACCACAAAUUAGAGCAAUCUGGAACAGCUAUUUUCAUGAUGUUCAUGGAGUUAUUUUUGUAGUCGAUGCUAGCGAUCGUUCCAGAUUGGAAGAAUCGAGGAGUAUAUUAGAAUCUUUAUUGCGUGAUGAAAAAUUGUCUGGAAAACCUGUCUUGGUGCUUGCAAAUAAACAGGACAAACCGGAUGCUUUGGAUGAAAUAGACAUUGUGGAAAUGUUAAAACUUGAACCUUUAGUAAACCAACAAAAGUGCCCUACUCUGGUUGAGAUUUGCACUGCUUUUCCUAUUUAUUUGACUUCAAGGACACAACAGUUAGACCAACGCCUGCUUAGAGGGUACAGAUGGCUAGUCAAGCAGAUCAUACAUAACUACAUGCUGCUCAACAAUAGGGUGGAAGCUGAUAUGAAAGAAGAAAUGGAGAGAAUGGCGAUACUUAGGGAAAAAUUAAGACAAAAACAAGAGGCUGAGAAAAAUUCUGAAUCAAAUAUCCAAAUGUCACAAAAUGGAGAUGUCAAUGGACAUGUUUUAAAGUCAAGAGGAGAGGAGGCUAAAUCUGGUUUAGAACAUGGUGAACCCCCUGGAGUUUCGUUCUCAGAGAGCAAUGAACUACUGCUAGCAAUUGAAAAUAAAAAAGCCGGCUUGCAACGCAUUUUAGAGAAAAAAGGUGAACUGCAACAAAAACUUUCCAAUAAAAAUUGGAAAAACAACAAAGUCCAUCCUUUUGACAAAGCAAAGAGCUUCGAGAAGAAAUUAAAACCAUUAAUUCUACCCGGAUCUGACAGUUCUGGUUUUGAUUCGGCAAGCAUGACUUUCAGAGCUUUGACAAGCCCGGUAAGACAUUUACCUCAGACACAACACUCCCAUGAAAAAGAAACAAAAGAAGUUAGACCAACAACAUCAAAGUCACUCACAAACGAAGUUGGUGCCUGGGGACUGGAACAACAAUUGAAAGUCGUCCUAGGUUACAAUCAGAAUCAGCAUGAAGACACAAAAGAAAAUGAUACAGUGGAGUACUUUGAAAAAUGAUUUUUUAAAAUUUUUAGGCAUCUUACUAUACAAUUAAGGAUGACAGCAAUUUUAACACAGAAUAUACAAUUAUGUAAAACUUU